GUCCUUUCCAUUGUCAAAAAAUUUAACCAAUAUGUAUAAAGGUAUAUAUAAUCAACAUUACAAGUCUUCCUAAAUAAGUCCUGCCAGUGUUGUUAAUUGCUUGCAAUUGUCCUUCAUACUGUAUAAAUUUACUUCCUUUCCUGUGAAGCUGCAGGGGGACAGAGGGGUGGAAGGGAUGGGGGUUGUGCCAACCCCCUUGCUCGGAGGUCUUCUAGCACUGCUCACUCUUCCCUGUGCUACCUUUUCACUUCAAACUGUACUGCUAUGAGCUGGGUCUUUCCUGGGUAUCCUACCAAACACCCCCCCCCCCCGAUGCCACCACAGAUCACUUGGAUCAGAACAGAACGUAAGACCUCUGCUGGGUCAAGCCAGUGGCCCAUCUAGUCCAGCAGCAUGUUCUCACAGUGGCCAGCCAGAUGCCUGAGGGAAACCCUCAAUACAGGAUCUGAGCACAAGAGUACUCUCCACCCCUCUGCCACUGCCCCAGUCUCCAGCAACUGGUAUUACGAAGCAUUACUCCCUCUGACUGUGGAGACAAAGCACAGCCAUUGUGACUAGGAACCAUCAGUAGCCCUUACAUAGACUAGGAGGAGGCAAGUGGCGGAAUAAAACUGAUUUAUGAAAGAACAUCAAAUGAAAAAACACUAAAUGAGGGCUUCAAGAUGCCUUUGACUACAUAAGCUUAUUGUUUCAAAUGUCCCAGUAUCUUAUCUGUCACUUUAUUACAGCUCUAACCAGGCCAUUAUUCUAUUCUUAUGCCACUCAUCUAACCAGCCCUGCUUCACAUCCACCCCCAGCUCUUCCCUCUCUGAUCUCCAGGCUCUAACUGACUCUCAACCGACUCCCUCCCAGCAUUCAAACCACUCUUCAAAUGCCAGCUCAGCCAAUCAUCCUUCACCACUAACAUUCCACCUCCCCCUUCCUAUUGAACAUUACCUUACGUCUUCUAAUAUACCCACCUAUUUAUGCAAUGUCAUCUCAAUUACUAGUACAGGUAGACAUGCAUUAUUCUAUAUGAAUGCGCCAGGUGAACACAAGGAGCACCCGCCUCAGCCCCUUGUUCAGAGGGUCUGUCAGGGAGGAGAAAGGGAUUCCCACAUCUCUCUCCCUGGAGAUAGCAAACGAGGAAGAGUAGUUAAAAUUAUAAUAUACUGGAGUGUAGCGGUUCGUUCCGGACCAGGGUUCAAAUCCACACUCGGCCGUGAUGCUCACUGGGUGAGCUUGGGCCAAGUCUCAGCCUAGCCUACCUGACAGGGCUAUUGUGCAGAUAAUUUUUUUUGGGGGGGGGGGACCGCCACAUACAACUCUUUGAGUUAUUUGGAGGAAAGUUAGGAUUUUCAUGUAAUCAUAAAAUUAAGCACCAAGAAAGGUCCCUGGGAGCACAGGUGUGUCUUAUAAAAGAUGCCUAGAUGUUGUGAAUGUGGGUGUGUACCUGAGUUGAAAGAGAAGUUGGUUCCAUAAUACAAUGAAACCCACACACUAAAAUCAAAAGGCUUGCCUUAUUUCCUUUGAUGUCCCAGAGGCAUGUGAGGCUGGGGGUGUUUAGGGGAACUACGGUAACUAUAAGGGUAGCCUAGAUCCAGCUGCCUGGCCCAACUGAGAGGGCAGGAUGGGUGGUAAAUUAAGGGAUAGACCAGGCUCUGACUUCACAACCGACAGUGGGAUCCUUCAUAUUUGUUUCCCAGGAGGCCUGGUGAGGAGUCUGCUUUGAGCCUUGGAUCAGCUGAAAGUACAGACACUGGUAUUCCUUGGCUCAUUUGAAAGUGCAAACAUCUGCCUUUGGAUCCGCUGACAGCGUAGACAUCUGUGUUCCUCAGUACAGUUGAAAGUGCAGGCAAUUUGUCGUUUCCCAUUGCACAAUGGGGGGCUGUUUGUCCUCUUUUCACAGAAGGUAAAGUUGGGGGGUAGGGGAGAGAUCUUGAAGCCGGGUGGUCCCCUAUGGCCAGUUUUUGAAGAUGCUCAUCGGUGAUUAGACCCUUGUAACUCCCACGCUGGCUGGGGGCUGAUGGGAGUUGUAGUUCAACAACAUCUGGAGGGCACGGGGUUGAGGGAGGCCAUUUAUAUGGAGUAGUCAGGAACACAAGGAACACAAAGGCCCUCCUGUCAGUAGGAGGGUGGAAGUGGUGGUGGAGGAUUAGGAAGAGAUACUCCUCGUUUGCAUUCAACAUACUUCCUGUCAUUUAUUCCCUCUUUCCACAUCCACAAUGUUCACUGCUAGCCAAAGUCUUGGAAGAAGCCCCGGAGGGGCUUAAAUGCAGCUUGGAAGCCUUUCAUAUAAAAAUGCUCCCUUGGGUCCCACUGAAGUAUCAUUGUUAUUUAUUAAAUUUAUUAAUCACUUGUUACUAAAGUGUCUCAAAACAACUAAAAAUACAAAAUACAAUAAAAUCAAAUGGUAAAGUAUACAUAAUAUGCAAAAUGUCUGUCCACCAAGAACGUGAUAACGGAAAUCCGUGUCUCCUUCCUUAAUGUUAUGUAAAACAUUGAGCCCCAAGAAAGGUCCAAAAUCAAUGUAUGAGGCCAGAGGACCUUUAGCAGACCCUCUUUUGACACCCUGCCUCUCCCAUUUCCUCAAUCCCCCACAGGAACAUCGAGACCCCAAACUUGUGGUCCACCUCAGACCCCUCCCUCCCCUCCUUGCUGGGGGACGACCUCUUCUAUGUGUCAGACCUGAGCUCACAGAAGUGGAAAGACACCGUUGGCCGCCAUGUUGCAUCUUCCCUGCCACAGCGGGAGGUUGACCACCAGGAAGCCAUCAAUGGUGAGGAGGUCAUUCUGUGGCUCAUAUGACUGGGUUACCCUCAGAAAGUAAUGGGGCUCUGGAAGGAUCUCAACUUACUUUAAGCAAAAGUGGAAGAAGUGCCUAGUGAGAUCUCUCCUGGGAAGUGGGUCCUUGGCUGUACAUGUAGCUUGGAACUUUUGAGUUCUUAAAAAUGGCCAUUAGUGAAAUUCCCUCCAGGCAAGACCCACAUGGGUCAGUAAAGAUGGACACCUGUAAAGUUCUGACACAGGGCCAGGGGAGCAGGGUGGGAAGAAGGCUUAUUGGCCCUGAAGUGUGCUGUAAUGUCUCUGAGGAGGAAGGGAAAUCCAUAGAUGAAUGGUGUUUGUGUGUGUUGCACUGGUAACCAGAGCUAUCAGCUGCAUAUUGGUGCCCAUGCUGGGGCGGGACUUAUAGCUCAGUGGUGGAGACCAUGUUUUUCCUUCAGAACCUCCCAUGCUUGAUACCCGAUGGCAUCUUCAGGUAGAGCUGGGAAUGUCCCCUUCCUGAACCCCUCUAGAGGAGCACUUUCUGCCAAGUACUACAGACAACACUGAGCCAGAGAGUCCAAUGGUAUUUCACUCAGCUUCCUGCAUUCUCAUUUAAAUCAGCGCCCUUUAUCCGGGACUAUGAGAACUGGAAUCUUGUUUUAUCUUUAGUGAAAGGGCCACAGCCCCUUGGUGGAACACAUGCUCUGCAUAUAGAAGGCCCCAGGUUCAAUAUCCGAUGGCAUUUCCAGGUAGGAAUGGGAAGGAAUGACCCCAGAAACCUUGGAGAGCCACCUGCCAGUCAGAGACAAGUAGGCAUUGGGCCAGGUGGACCAGGGUCUGACUGAAGAAAGCAGCUUCUUAAUGCUCCACCAAUAGCAACUCCAUGGGCUUGCUCCCAGUACAGGAAGAGAGCAUGAUCAGUCUCCUCUUGAAAGGCACAACCCAAGGCUUUUUUCAAUGAACCUGCUUUAGCUGCCUCAUUCCUGGAUCCUGCUGGGAUUUGACCUCUAGCUGACAUUCUUCCCCCCUUUUUGCACAGAGCUGUUUGUGACAGAAGCCUCUCACCUGCGGCUUUUGCGUGUCCUGACUGUCUUCUUCUAUCAGCGCAUGUUUAGGGAGAAACUUCUUUCGCAGGAGGAGCUGGCCCUCCUCUUCCCCAACCUCCCAGUGCUGCUGAAGAUUCACAGUAAGGCUGCCUCUCUUACUCAGUCGGAGCCCCUUUGGACUAGGCCCCCAUUCUGUGUCUCGCACAGAUCGUUGCUUGCUCAUGGGCGGGUCAGGCGUAGAGGGAGAGGGUCGCCUCCAUCAAACGCCCUCGCUCAGGAGGACCAUAGGAGCAGAAGAUCAGAAGAGCCCUGCAGGAGGCAGCUAGAUAAGGCCAAAGGGGGCCUCAUCUAGACCUGAGCGCAACAGCAGCGCUCCCCAGGAACUCCAACAUUUCUCAGAUAAAAAUAGGGACAUCCUAUUCAAUAAUAAUAAUAAUAAUAAUAAUAAUAAUAAUAAUAAUAAUACCCUGCCCAUCUGACUGAGUUGCCCCAGCCAUGCUUGGCAGCUUCCAACGUAUAUAAAAGCAUAAUAAAAACUUUCCUAUACAGGGUUGCCUUCAGAUGUCUUCUACUUAUCUCCUUGGCUUAGGGGUCAUAUAACUCCAUACCCUCCAACAUUUCACCAACGAAAAGAGGAAGGUCCUAAAGAGAAGCGGGACAUUCUGGGAUCAAAUCAGAAACUGGAACGGCUUCUGUAAACCCAGGACUGUCCCUGGAAAAUAGGGACACUUGGAGGGUGUGCCAGUCUGUAAUGGCCAGCUUUGAGGCCCAUCACCGGGGGCAUGAUUCUAAAAAAAGAGAUAGAGACCGUGUCUGUCCUUCUCCUCCUCCCAUCUCUGCUGUGGCUAUUUCCCCAGGCCCCUUUUCUCACCAUUCCCUCCUCCUGUCCCUUCUCCAGGUUCUCUGUCAGAAUCAAUGAAAACACUUCAAGAACAAGGGCCCAUCAUCCAUGAAAUUGGGCACUUCAUGCUUUCCCAGGUAACAAUCUCUGAGUGGCUGGGCUGGUGGUGGUGAUGCGACUGCGUGUGUAGGCAGUGUUUGGGGCUCCAGCUGAAUUUGGCCCCUUGAUUUCCUGACCUGCCUGAUUCUAACCAGGAAGUGUUUCCUCUCCCCUGCCCCCUUUGCCCCCUUCCAUCUAGGAAAGUUUUUAAUGUUUUAUAUUUUAUUGUAUUUUUAAUAUUCUGUUGGGAGCUUCCCAGAGUGGCUGGGGAAACCCAGCCAGAUGGGCGGGGUAUAAAUAAAUUAUUAUUAUUAUUAUUAUUAUUAUUAUUAUUAUUAUUAUUCCUUUCCCCCAGUUUGGUGGGCCUGCACGUAAAGAGAUCCAACAGGCAGUCUCUGACUUCUGCGUGAACCAGUCCAAGGCCCUGGAGCUGAUUGAGACCAAGCUGCAGAAGGACACUCGAUUCCGGCUCAUCAUUCAGGUAUCUGUGUGCUCAUAGGCUAAGGAGGUGGGAGGGAGGGACUGUCUCAGAUGCUGGGUCUGCACUUUCAGUGUGGAGUGCAAGAGGAAGUCCUUGGAAGGCUCUUUCUCCAUUCUGGAGGGCCAGAGGCCUGUCCUCCUCUCCCUGCUACCCUACCCUGAAUUCGGUAGUGCUUCUGAAUAAUGCUUGAAUCCACAAGUGGGUAGAGUGCUCUUGUGCUUGAAUCCUACUUGUGGGCUUCCCACAGAAAUCUGGUUGGCCACUGUGAGAACAGGAUGGUGGACUAGAUGGGACACUGACCUGAUUCAACAGACUCAUCUUAUGUUGUUCUCCCCUUUGCCAUACACAUACUAUCCCCUGGACAGGUCUUUUGCAAACCUACACCCCCACCACAAGAAUAAGAACCUAAGAAGAGCCCUGCAGAUGGAUCAGGCCAUCGGCAUCCUGUUCUCACAAUUGACAACCGGAUGCCCCAAAGUGAAGCCCACAGACAGGACAUGUCUCCAGUCUCCAUAUGGUCACAGAAGCAUAUUGUCUGUCUGUCUGUCUGUCUCCCCUUACCAGGAAGCAGAGAGCAACUACCAGUGCCGCCACCAUCAACUGAAAGAUCUCAUCCUCUCUGAAAUGCAGCAGCUGACAAACUACCCUUUGCUGCUGGAUAAUAUUAUCAAACACACUGAUGGUAUCAAUGUCUCUACAUAUUUAUGUGUGUGCUGGGGGAAGGAGAAGAGUCGUAUCUCCUAUAAUUUGAAUGUUAUGCUUUGUGACCUUUGGAUGUUGUGGGCUACAUGGAGCGUAGCUUAUUGUGGAAAGUGAAUACACACAUCAGUGAUGGUGGUACAGUAUACACACCUCUCCACUGCUAGUAUUAGCAGAUGGUGGGGCUUCAGGGUUGCAAGGGUUGUUCAGAGGCCAACUUUCUUAGGAGAAAACAAGGAUUGCUUGGGAUGUAUUCCUACUGCAGUGCUGCUCAUCUGUCCAAGGUCAUUUUUCCUUUAAAUGCAGUGUUGUGUCUGUUUUGUGUUGGGAACCACUUAGGGACAACCCCUGUGUUUCCAAAGCAGCCUCCAAGUUUUUGGUAAAUAGAAACAAACUUUAACAGCUGCGUGACAGCCCAUCUCUCUCUCUCUCUCUCUCUCUCUCUCUCUCUCUCUCUCUCUCUUUUUGCACCUUCUUUGCUUAGGGCAGUCUUCAGAGCACCAGAAGCUGUGCCAGGCUCGGGAUCAAUGCCGGGAAAUCCUUCAGUGUGUGAAAGAGAUUGUGAAGAAGGCUGAAAACCAUCAUCGCCUGGAGACCUAUCAGAUGUGUUUGGACACCACCUCGCUGCAGUGGACCACCAACGCACUGGCAGCGGAGUUCAAGGUAUGGCCCUCCCCAUCAUCACCCUCUGCCUGAGUUCCUGCUUUUAUAUUACUUCCCCACUCUUCAAAGCGCUGCCUUUUUCUGUCCCGUCUAUCCAGAAUAUUGACCUCCGGAGUCAUUGCCUGAUCCACGAGGGCCCCUUGCGCUGGCGCCUGCGCAAAGACAAGACUGUGGGUACGUGGCUGUCAACCUCACCCCAAUGAACACACACAUGUGGCACAGGCCUCUCAUAGUGAAGAUUUGUGUGCAGUUCCUCUCUCACUGACUUUGUUUAUAUCCCACUUUUAAUAGUAAUCCAAGUGGGGCAGCCCUGUGGCUUGGUGGUAGAAAGACUCUUGAGCCCCAAACCCUCAAGAGAGUCAUUGCUGCCAGUCAGACAAAUAAUAAUAGUAAUAGUAAUAAUUACUAUUAUUCAGAAGAAGGGCCAUCCUAGCUUGGUGACAGAGCACCUGAUUUGCAUGGAGAAAGUCCUGGGUUCAAUCCCCAAUUACUUGGAAGACAGAAGUGCCUGGCGUGCUCUGGUCCAUGGGGUCACGAAGAGUCGGACACGACUAAACGACUAAACAACACAACAACAAUAAUAGUUUUAUUGUUUAUAUCCCACCCAUCUGGCUGGGUUUCUGAGCUAAAUGAACCAAGCAGCUUGCAGAAGGUUUGACAGAAAAAAGCAAUUUUAGAACAAGACCCCGAAAAACAACUAAAGCAUCAGGUAUUGGAACAUCAAAACCUCCAAUGGUGUUUGAAAUUCUAAAGCAACAGGCCACAGAUUAAAAGACUCUCCCAGACAGGCUACCUUCAGAAGAAGGGCCAUCCUAGCUUGGUGACAGAGCACCUGAUUUGCAUGGAGAAAGUCCCAGGUUCAGUCCCCAACAGCAACUCCAGGUCAAGCUGGGGAAAAGACUUCCUGCCUGAGAUCCUGGAGUGCCAUUGCUGCCAGUCAGUGUGGACAUUACUGAGCUAGAUGGAUCCCACUGGCCUGAACUGGUAUAGGCAGCUUCCUUUGUUCUUCUCACUAGUUGGGCCUUUGGACUGAUUCUGCAGCCAAACUCUCCUGAUGUUCUUAUCUGGAUACGCAGAGCAGGUUAACCACUCCAAAAAUCUCUGCCUCUCUCUUAGACUUGCAUGUGUUGCUGCUGGAAAAUCUCCUGCUUCUCCUGCAGAGGAAGGAUGAGAGACUCGUUCUCAAGUGCCACAGGAAGAGGCUGUGGGGCUCCUCAGGCACUUGGCAAACAAUCAGCCCCGUCCUCAAGCUGAAUGUGGUGCUGAUUCGCUCCGUGGCCACAGGUAAAAUGGGAUUAAACCAUGUUUCCUCAUUUAAAGGUUGUAAGCUAGGCAGACCAGCCCUGGCGUGUUGCCUCUUUCUCCAUCUUGUCUCUCCUCUCUGUCCAGAUCCGCGAGCUUUCUUUGUCAUUUGCACAACAGAACUGGUACCCCAUCUGUAUCGGCUCGUUGCCUCAACACCUUCCGAAAAGAAUAUGUAAGAUUGUUUACCUGUUGUUUCCCUCACAAUUCUGGAGCAGACAUUUCUUUGUGGGUGUGGCACAUUUACCUUUCCCACUUUCCUGCUUUUUCAAUCAUGGGUAUUUGUUGCUAUUCCACUGUUUGCUGUCCAGUUGUAGGCAGAGCUUGAUGGAAUGUAUCCAGGAUGUGUUUUAGAGUUGUUUUUACUAACCAGCCCUCAAUUGCUCCUCUCUCUGCCUUGCCCUGCCCUGUUUGCUGCUGCUUUUUCCAUUCUGGGCAGGUGUCUAGCUAUUUCUGUACAUGUGCACACACACCUGCGGUUGUUGUAUUUUUUUUAAAAGUGUGUGUGUGUGUGUGUGUGUAAUUGUUAAUGUUAUAUUUUAUUACCUGCCCUUCACCCUAAGGUCCUAGGGUGUGUGUUACAACAGAGCACAAUAUUAAUAGCGGUUCAAAACAAUUUACAGUCACACAAAUUAGGUGGGUCCCAAAAAUAUCCAGGCAGACAGACACAGACAUAAAUAUAAAUGUAAAUAUAAAUGCAUAAAAUAUAGAGAUAUUAGUACCCCCUCCCUCAGACAAAGAUGCUGCUGAGAUUAAUAUGGAGCCUCUCUUUAAUGUCUGCCUUUCUAAUGACAAAUCACAGCUAUUCCAUUCUUUUCGGGGGGUUUUAGUGAGUCUUUCUCUCCCCUCCCCUCUUUUCCUGGCAGGUGGAUGGAACUUCUGGAAGAGGCAGUAAGACGCGCCAAGGGAAAUGCCACCUUGCCCUCAGGGAGUCUGAGAUAAUAACUUCACAUGUAAUAAAUUAAAACCACAGAGUUUUAUUAGAAGACCCUUUUGGAUUAUUCCACAGACUUUAUAAAAUGGUGGCAGCAGCAGGAGUGGGGGGAUCUUUCUGUUGUACCUUCACCAAUUACCCUGCUCCUCAAACACAGUUCCUGCUACUAGUUAAGGCCAAUGGGUUGUCAAGAGCCGUUUUCUCAUACUAGCUUUUCUGGGCCAACUGAGGUUAUCAAAACAGAAUUCUGCAGAUAGUAACAAGAAAAUAAAGGAACUUGUUCUUUUUUGCACCUAAGCAGCAUCCCCC